AAAUAAAAUGGCUGACGAUAAUAACGGAAUCAAUUAUUUCUUCGGAUUUAUUGGAGUUGCUAGUGCUUUAGUUUUUGCAAAUUUGGGGGCUGCAUACGGUACAGCAAAAUCAGGUGUAGGAAUUUCUUCUAUGGGUGUAUUAAAACCUGAACUAAUUAUGAAAUCUAUUAUUCCAGUAGUUAUGGCAGGUAUUUUGGGAAUUUAUGGUAUGAUUGUAGCAGUUAUUUUAGUCUAGAAAAUUGGUAAAACCGGUUAUGAUAGUCACAGUUGCUAUUCUCACCUUGCUGCUGGUUUAUGUUGUGGAUUAUCUUCAUUAGCUGCAGGAUUAGCUAUUGGUAUAGUUGGAGAUGCAGGAGUUAGAGCUAAUGCUCAAUAAGAUAAAAUUUUUGUUGGAAUGAUUUUAAUUCUUAUCUUUGCCGAGGCUUUGGGUUUAUAUGGACUUAUUAUUGCUUUGAUUUUAUCGUAAUGAACAUAAUAAUUUAAAUAUGGUCAAUAUUAACAUCUAGAUUAAUAAAAUUUAUUUUAUUAAUAGUAUAAUUUUUUAUUAUUUUUUUUACAUAAAGUUAAUUUUUUUUU